GAGGAGCAAAGUUGAAAAUAAUAAAAAGCAAGCAAUCCCAAUUAGGCCCUCCUCGGAGAAACAUUACCUUUGUCCUCUGUCGGCUCCGACUUGUCAUCAAACUCUACUCUGAAACCCUAAUUUAUACUCCCAACAUAUAAACGAAGAAGAAUUACAUCCAAUUGAUUUAAAGUCUUUCAAUUGAUUGCAGUUAGCCCCAAGAUUUUGCAGAUUUUUCAGCCAUGGACGCUCAGAGAGCUUUGUUGGAUGAACUGAUGGGCUCAGCUCGGAAUUUAACUGAAGACGAGAGGAGAGGGUUCAAGGAAGUGAAAUGGGAUGACAAGGAGGUCUGUGCAUACUAUAUGGUUCGAUUUUGCCCCCACGAUCUGUUCGUGAAUACUCGUAGUGAUUUGGGACCCUGCUCGAAAAUUCAUGAAGCGAAGUUGAAGGAAAGUUUUGAGAAAUCUCCAAGACAUGAUUCUUAUGUUCCCAAGUUUGAAGCAGAACUAGCCCAUUUUUGUGAGAAAUUGGUGAUGGACUUGGAUAAGAAAGUGAGGCGUGGUCGAGAACGCCUUGCUCAGGAGGUUGAAGUUCCCCCACCUCCUCCAAUAUCAGCAGAAAAAUCUGAGCAGCUAUCUGUCUUGGAGGAGAAGAUUAAGAACUUGCUAGAACAAGUGGAGUCUCUUGGUGAAGCUGGGAAAGUUGAUGAAGCUGAAGCUCUCAUGAGAAAGGUGGAAAUGCUUAACGUUGAAAAGACUGCCUUGACUCAGCAAUCCCUGCAGAACAGUGCACUAAUGAUUGCACCAGAGAAAAAGAUGGCUCUGUGCGAGACAUGUGGUUCCUUUCUUGUCGCAAAUGAUGCUGCAGAGAGAACUCAGUCUCACGUCACUGGUAAGCAGCAUGUUGGUUAUGGGAUGGUUCGAGAUUUCUUAUCCGAGUUCAAGGCUGCUAAAGAGAAGGCUAGGGAAGAGGAAAGGUUAGCCAGGGAGAAAGAAGCAGAAGAAAGGAAAAAGCUGAGGGAGAAAGAACAUGAUAGCAGACGGCGAAGAAGUGACUCAUCUGACAGGGACAAGCACAAAGAUCGAGAUCAUGACAGGGAACAGGAUCGCUACCGGGGAAGAGAUCGUGACCCUGACAGGUCCCUUGACAGAAAUGGCAGUUUUGAUAGGGGAUCAGGUUGGAAACAUGGGACUUCCAGAAAUGGGAGAAACAGAAGCAGGGAGAGAUACCGGGAACGUGUUAGAAGCCGGUCACGGUCACCUAUUAGACAUGGUUCCAAGAGGCCCAGGAGUCCAGUUCACAAGUACUAGAGGAUUAUAAAACGUAGAUGUCUGAACUUUGAAAUUUGAAGAGGUAGACUUUUUUAUAACUCACCAAAUUCAUGAAUGUAUGUGUUGGGAGUCCGAAGUGCCAUUGUCAUCAUGUGUGAAAAUGUUUUUUU